AUGAACCCUACACAGGGCAGUCCACAACUUCAUCGUGCAUUCAUCGCGCUAGGAAGUAACGUGGGGGAUCGAGUGGAGAUGAUUGAGAAAGCUUGCCAGGAAUUGGACCGGGCCAAUAUCAAAGUUAAACGGACAAGCUCCCUCUUUGAGACUACUCCUAUGUAUGUGCUUGACCAAGCUACAUUCAUAAACGGAGUCUGUGAAGUUGAAACAAGUCUCGCGCCCAUGGAACUCUUGGAUACUCUCCAAUCCAUUGAGAAUGAGCUAGGUCGAAAGAAACUCAUUGACAAGGGCCCGCGCUCAAUUGAUCUGGAUAUUCUACUCUACGACCAAGAUAUCUUCUCCCAUGAACGUCUGAAUGUUCCACACAACUUAAUGCUCGAGCGUGACUUUGUGCUCCGUCCUCUCUGCCAAUUGAUUCCCAAUGAACGACCACCCCAGCCAGAAAAGAGUGGUCAGACUUAUAGCGAAUAUCUCAAGGCUCUCCCACCCCCAGAGCCAAUCCCCUUCUCGACGACUCCGAUCUCUCCUUCUUUUCCAUCGCUGCACGCAACAGACCCUAAACGCAGCACCCAUGUCAUGGCCAUCCUCAACCUAACCCCAGAUUCCUUCUCUGACGGCGGCACCCACUCCCCAACAGACUUCACCAAGCUGACGGAGACAGUGCGCAACUUCAUCACCGCUGGCGCCACCAUAAUCGAUGUAGGCGGCGAAAGCACGCGACCAGGAUCAACCCCCGUCGGCGCCGACGAAGAAAUUGCUCGCGUGGUCCCCGCUAUCCAACACAUACGCACUACUAUCCCCGAAGCAGCCAACAUCGCUAUCAGCAUCGACACGUAUCGUGCCCGUGUUGCAGAGGCAGCAUGCGCCGCCGGCGCAGACAUCAUCAACGACGUCUCCGCCGGCCUCUUGGACCCAGAAAUGCUACCCACUGCCGCGCGCAUCGGCAAAUCAAUCAUCUUAAUGCACAUGCGUGGAACACCGCAAACCAUGACAAAACUUGUCGACUAUCCGAACGGAGUCAUUCCCGAAGUCGGGUCCGAGCUGCGCGCGCGGAUCGCCGCCGCCGAAGACGCCGGCGUCCGGCGCUGGCGCAUCAUCCUAGAUCCAGGCCUCGGCUUUGCGAAGAAUCAGCCACACGACUUGGAAAUCUUGCGCGACCUAUCUCGUUUGCGUGGUCUGCAAGGGCUAGAAUACUUUCCGUGGCUGAUGGGCCCUAGUCGGAAGCGAUUCAUAGGCCACAUCACUGGCGUCAAGACCCCCGCGGGAGCGUGUCUGGGGUACCGGUGCGACUGUGUCGGCUAG